AUGUCGCGCCAGGAAUCGCGUUUCGGCCCGUCCGGCGAGUACCAAAAGUAUUUGAAGGACGUCGAUCGCAUCCGGCGUCACGGAAUUAAGCGUCCUUCGAAAAGUAGAUGCCGCAUCAGGGUGUCGCGUGGCGAUUUAUUCAAGUGCCCGGGGGUCAAGGCCCAGGCUGUUGGCGCCGACUUCGCCAUGGGCGCUGGUCUGGCGCUGCUCACAAGGCAGCUGACAGGCUGGCGGCCGGACGUGUUGCGGUCCAAACAUCCGCGUGCAGACCUUGGCUACGUGGCGGUUGAAAAAAUGGCGGACGAUUCCAAGAUGCUGCUCUGCGUUUCCAAGCCGCGUUCAACGCAGAAAUUCCACCACGACCCGGACGGUCAUAUUCGCGGCAUGCAUCUCAUGAUCGCUGGGCUGGCGCGUUAUGCGCGGCGGAACAGCCUUCGCGAGUUGUUUUUGCCGCGGAUCUGUUCCGGCCUUGAUGGCGUGGACCAGAACUACGUUCUGGAGGAACUGCACUAUGCGUUUGCUAGCCAACGGAUUACGAUCCAUGUGCUUGACUACGCUCCGGGUCGACCGCGACCCCGAGCUUAA